CAGUUCUCGCGAGAGUUGCGGUGGUGAGGGCUGGAAUGGCGGCGACGGUAGUGGUGGGGGGCCCGGGCGACUGAGGUGGCUGUGGUGGCUGAAGAUGAGUCACCCCGAUGGCGAUGGGCAGCCUGAGGGCGAGCCCGAUGCCAAGCUGCUCCACACCAAGCGGCUGUACCGGGCUGUGGUGGAAGCAGUUCAUCGAUUGGACGUGAUUGUUAGCAACAAGAUGGCGUACCGAGAGGUAUUCAAACCCGAAAACAUCAGUUUGAGGAACAGGUUGAGGGAGCUCUGCGUGAAGCUCAUGUUUCUGCAUCCGGCAGAGUACGGCCGCAAGGCGGAGGAACUGCUGUGGAGGAAGGUUUACUACGAAGUCAUCCAGCUUGUCAAAACCAACAAGAAGCAUAUCCACAGUCGGAGUGCCCUGGAGUGUGCCUACCGUACCCACCUGAUUGCGGGCAUUGGCUUCUACCAGCACCUCCUCCUGUACGUCCAGUCCCACUACCAACUGGAACUGCACAGCUCCAUUGACUGGACCCAUGUCACCGACCCCCUGAUAGGUCGUAGGAAGCUGGUUACUGCCUCAGGCAAGGAAAUGGAAUGGGCUCAAAUGGCUUGUCACAGAUGCCUGAUGUACCUGGGAGAUCUUGCGCGGUACCAGAAUGAGCUGGCGGGCGUAGAUACUGAGCAGCUGGCCGAGAGGUUUUACUACCAGUCGCUCUCGGUGGCGCCUCAUGUGGGCAUGCCCUUUAACCAGCUUGGGACACUGGCCGGGAGUAAAUAUUACAACGUGGAGGCCACUUACUACUACCUCAGAUGCAUCCACUCCGAAAUGCCUUUCGAAGGAGCCUAUGGGAACCUGAACCGGCUCUUUGAGAAAGCUGCCAAGGCCUACCACCAGAUCCGCAGGACAGACACGAAGAAGCUGUCAGUGAGCAGGCAAAGGACGAGAGACAUCAAGCGUUUGUUGGUGAGCUUCAUGUACCUCCAGAGUUUACUUCAACCCAAGAACAGUAGCACUGCAGAUGUGGAGGUGACCUCCAUCUGCCAGUCGGUCCUGGAGGAUUUCAACCUGUGCCUCUUCUACCUGCCUUCCAACCUCAAUCACAGCGGCUCGAGCGAGGAGGAGGAGGAGUAUGACCGGGGUUGUGGCUUCCUGCCUGACCUCCUCAUCUUCCGGAUGAUGGUCAUCUGCUUAAUGAGCGUGCACAGUCUCAAAAAGACCGGCCUGAAGCAGUACAGUGCAGCCAUCGCCUUCACUCUAGCCCUCUUCUCCCACCUGGUGAACCACGUCAACAUUCGGCUGCAGGCGGAGCUGGAAGAUGGCGACAAUGCUGUUCCUUCCUUGCACCCCGAGCACAUAGAUGAAACAGAGGUGAAGGAGGUGCCGUCGAGGGGCCCAGAGCCCGAGGUACUGAAUGGACCAGUGGAGCCGGAUGGCAAGCCCAAGGGCCGGAAGUAUUCACGGAUGUGGCAGCUGCGACGGCGGCGGCUGCGGCAGAAGGCCGACGAGAGUGACCUGAGUGAGGGCUUUGAUUCGGACCCCAGCGAGGAUUCGGCCAAGGAGAGCGAGCAUUCCGACUCCGGCUCCAACAAGACGGAUGAAGAGGAGGAGGAGGAGGAGGAUGAGGAGGCCGAGGCGGCCUUCGAUCUGGAGUCUGACUCUGACAUGAAUAGUCAAGAGUCCCGCUCUGAUCUGGAGGACAUCGAGGAAGGGCCCCGGGGUCCUGGCAGGGGAGGUGAAACCGGCCCUCUCCCUGCCCGUUCCCCCGAUGUCUCCGAGCCGCCGACCAAUGGGCCUGGCACUGCCAACGACGCCACCAUCGCCAGCAACCUCCAGGCCCUAUCCUCCCAGAUGUUCCAGCCCAAGAGGUGCUUCCGCCUGGCCCCCACCUUCAGCAAUAUGAUGGUUAGACCUCCAGUGGAGGACCAAGCCCCUGCCACACAGCAGGAGAAACCCUGUGCCAAUGGCGUCCUCCAGAGCCCCGGGGUGACUGAACACGACACAGGCUCGGACUCAGAGGCCAGUGAUGCCAGCAACAAGUCACUUCGGAGGGAGAAGACGCCUCUGGAGAAGCUGGAGAUCCUAUCCCACGAGGGGCUGCUGACCACUGUUAAGGUCCUGUUGGAUUGGCUGCGCAACAACACCGACAUCAUCCUCAUGUGUGCACAGAGCUCUCAGAGUCUGUGGAAUCGCUUGUCUGUGCUGUUGAACAUGUUGCCUGAAGGAAGGAAGAUGAGAGAGCCAGGUAUAUGCGUCAGUGAUGAGGUCGCCCAGCUGCUGAGCCACUGCGAGGAGCCAGAUCUGGCCCAGGUCGUGCUGCUUCCCGAAGACAUGGCACUCCGCUACCUUCCCGUUCUCCGGACUGUGCAUCGGAAGCUCGGGCCAGAGCAAAUCAGCUUGGCCACAGGCACGCUGGAAGAGUCCGUGGUCCGUGUCUGCUGCAUCCGAAGCUUUGGCCACUUCCUCACACGUCUCCAGAAGAACGUUCUGCAGUACAACCGGGAACUGGGGAUCUUCAUCAGCAUCAGUCAGUGUGAAGAGGAGACGCUGAUGGAGCAGACGCAAGCCCAGUUUCGAAUGGCCGAGGAAGAGGCUCGUAGGAAUCGUCUGAUGAGGGACAUGGCUCAACUCCGUCUCCAGCUGGAAGUGUCUCAGUUGGAGGGAAGCCUGCAGCAGCCAAAGGGCCAGUCCACGAUGUCUCCAUACCUGAUCCCCAACACACAGGCCAUCUGCCAGCAGCUGGCCAACAUCAGGCAGCUGGCAAACAGCAGCCGGUUCAUCAUCAUCAUCCCCCGCACAGUGAUCGAUGGAUUGGAUUUCCUGAAGAAAGAAAAUUCAGGAGCGCGCGAUGCCAUCCGAUUCCUGGAAUCUGAGUUCAAGAAGGGAAACCGUUACAUCCGUUGCCAGCGGGAGAGUGGCAGGACUGUGGAUAGGCACAAGCUGAAGAGGCAGGAUCUGGAUGCGUGGCACCUGUAUAAAAUCCUGGACAGCUGCAAACAGUUGACGGUUUCUCAGGGCAGUGGUGAGGAAGAGGUGGCAGGAAUGGUCACCAUCUUGACGGAAUUCUCACCGGAUGAUCCCGGAUCGCUCUCCAGCAAUGUGCAGGCUGCCCUGCAAGCUGCACACAAUUCCGGAGUGGAUGUCAGGAAUGUUCUGGAUUUCUACAGGCAGUGGAAGGAGAUGGGCUGAAGUGGAGACAGCGAACUUCGGGACUCACGACCUCGGGAGAACGUCUUCAGACAAAAUCAAAAACCACGCAUACACAGCAAAGGUGCCUGAGGGAAGCUCGCUGGAACUGCUGUGGCGUUCACCGUCACCCGCUGCCCGAUCUACGCGGCACGAAAAUCGAGCGGAGACCGCGCACCCGUGAGGGGAAACAAACUUUAAAAAAAAAAGAAAUUCAUGAUGCGAAGGGUGGAGUAGUAAAGGCUGGAUACCUCUGCCCCCUUGUUUUAAACACAGAGCCCUGCAGAGAAACAGUGGAGGGAGAAUGGGGCCCCUCUGCCCUGCUGACAUGGUGCUGCCAUCUCCCAUCCUGGGCUCGUGAAGUGGGAACCUUUCAGCGAUUUCUCCAGCAUCCCAGCCUGCCAGCCCAUAAGGGUACUGCGCUGAGUAGACUGAGCCCCUUUUGUUUCCGGUGCUCUUCCCCAACCCCGCCCCGCUCUCCACUCCCUCCACAACCAGGGAUGUCUCUCCACGCCCUGGUUUCACCCCACAUCCCAACCAUUUGCGGUCAGUGGGUUAAUCGAUCACUGCGCUGCUGUAGGUUGUCCCUCAUGUUUGGGUUGCACUUGUUGGCUGGACCCCUUCCCCUCAUCCUGAAACCCCUUUUGCAAUGCUGCUCACUGAGGAUCAACUGCAGCCACUUCCUGGGGGAGUUCAGGGGUGGGGAGGUGAUGGUGGGUACAGAGUGCCGGGCUGAGUGUAAGGGUAAGGGGAGGAUUUUAGAGGGAAGAGAAAUGUGAUUGAGGUGGGGGUCCAUUCGCCUUUCUGUUGCCUCUGCCUUUGACAGUAUUCCCCCUCCCAUCCUGAGGAACAACCCAGCUCUAGUACCACUCUUGGCCCAAGAACUUCCUUGAGGCUUCCUGCAGCCCAGAUCCCUGUGAAAGUUCCUCCAGAACCUGCCUCUGCCACCCCCUCCCAGGCAGAGACGAGGUAUCUCAGCUUCUCUCUGAAAGAGGAGGAGGCAGGGUUGAGUUCUGGAGGGAACUCAUCCCUGCCUCCAAUCUCACUAGUCUGAUUACUGAACUGAGAAAGACAAUAUCACACCCUGGGACUCCUCCCCUCCAGCAUCCAACCCCAUUCAGUUCCUCCUUCCCAGCUGUUCAGUGAAGGGAGUCUCAUUUGAUUGGCGUUGCUGUGAUCUGGGCCCUAAGCCAAUUGUUCUGCACUUUUAAGAUUCAGGUUCCCUGAAGCAAACUCAACCUCAAAAAGGGCCACCAUUUGCUGAUGGGAGAUGCACCAAACCUACCUUCCCUCACCCUGUACUCAGGAGUGUUAGACACCCUUUCACACUCUGUGUUCAGAGAAUACUUGCCUAGCCCGUCACCUCUACUGGGGCAGAGGUGACUGACAACAGCUCACCAGAGUCCCCUGUCUUGGGCCGGUCUUUCAAAUUGUCCCUAGCUCAUCUUGAUUAAGAUCCUUCCUCUCCCAGGGAUGAGGAGCUUCUGUUGGCAUUUCUGUGGCUCUGGGUUUUUUAUGGGAUGGGGUUGCUAGGCCCAUGCAUAACCUUCCUCCUUUCACAGCUUGGGGCUAUCCAUGGCAGGGUUGGUCCAGAGAGUGGGGCCAGUAGAAACCUCGGAACUGGGCUCUGUAAAUCUCAGGCUGAGUGAGGAGAGUUUUUAGACGGGGUAGGGGGAAGGGGUUCAGGGAGAGGAGAAGGGUAGAUUGCUGGGAAGAGGGGGCCUCUGGUAUUACUCCUACCUGGUUUGUGUUUCUUUGUGCUCUGUUGCUUGGUGUUGCCUGCUGUUGUGAUGUGGAGUGUGGCUGAUGUUUGGGAGCUUACUGUGAGAGUUUGGUGUCAGGGCGCUGGCAGCUUGAAGUGGUGCUGGGCUGAGGGUGGGCACCGGUUCAGGAGGUACCCACUCCCCAGACUGCCCUGCUUUCACUGUCUUAUGAAGCGUCAUUUCUCUUGUGAAAACAAAAGAUGAUCCAAAAGUGUUUCUCAACCGUAAGUUUAAAAAGAAAUUUCAAGAAUCCUUUCAAUUCCAGUUUAAAAAAAAGGCAAUAAAGUCUUGAAAUUAUUGUGGGAAAGGAACACGUGACUCUUGUGUGG